AUGUCUUCUCACUGUAAACCAAGUUCUCUUUUCAAAUUAAAUUCUCUUCUCGUUAAAAAUCCUUUUCCUAUUCUUUUCUUUUUUUUUCUAUUCAGUGAAUCCCUAUUUUGUUCAUUACUCUCUCAGCUGAACAAUUAUUAUUAUUAUUAUUAUUAUUACAUCAUUUUCCAUUUCUCUCUAUUCACCUUCUUCAUUCAUUUCUCUAAUUUUGCUCAAUCUAUUUAUCGUCUGCUUUUUAGUAUGUUUAUUUUCUUUUUCUUGUUAUUGUUGUUGUUGCUCUUCUUCUUUUGUUGUUGUUUUCUUUUCUUUUUUCAUUCCUCACUUUUUCAUAGUCUCUCCAUUUUCUUGCUAUUUCGUACACGUUUCCAUCCACUUCUUACUUCUUUUUUUUCAUUCCUUAUUUCUUCUCAUCUGCCUUCCUAUUUUUGCUAUUUUUCAUCUGCCAUUUCUCUAUUUCUUCAUUUAAUCUUAUCGCUUUUUCAUUUUUUACUUCUUCCAUUUUACUUCUUUCUUCUCUCCUUCUUUACUUUCUCCCCUCUCUCUCUCCCUCCCCUCUCUCUCUCCCCCUCUCUCUCUCUCUCUCUCUGGCUUUUUAUUACCCUUUAUUUCUUGUCUUUCCUUUCUUUUUUCUGA